UAGCAUCACUCUUUUGCAGCAACAUGGCGGACCUCGCAGAGAAAAUAUUGCAAGAAGCAGCGGAAAGAGAAGCUUUGUACAAACCUAUACAUGUACAGAAGCCUUUAGACUUAGAAUAUGAUGUCGGACAUCUCUUGGCUAUUGAUCCCAACCCGGUGAAUGCCAUCAAGCUCAGAGAAAGUGGGAAAGACGAGUAUUUGAAAAGUCUUGCAAGAGAUAACACUCAAUUGCUGAUCAACAAGUUGUUUCAGUUGCCACUCGAACGGAAAGAGGAUGUUCUUGUGGUUAAGUUACCUCCCGGAACAACGAGGCUGCCUCGUGAAAAACCGCCACCCAAGCCAAAGCCUGCGACAAAGUGGUCAGAAUUUGCCAAACAGAAGGGUAUCAAACCCCGAAAGAAAGAAAAGUUGGUCUGGGAUGAAGAGGUUAAGGAAUGGGUGCCUACUUACGGAUACAAACGUGCCGCCGUCGAGAAGCAGAAGAACUGGGUUGUGGAAGUUCCUGACAACAAAGAUCCCAACGUCGAUUACAUUGCAAAGAUGAAAACAGACAAGAAAGAACGCAUAGCCAAAAACGAGUUCCAGCGGUUGCGGAAUAUUGCGAGGAACAGCAAGGUCAAAGCAACGAAAGCUGCCUUGCCACCAGUGCCGAACCCAGACAAGCUACACCUGUCGAACGCGAUAAAGCUGGCGAAAAAGUCCACAGCUUCUGUCGGUAAAUUUGCCCAAACUCUAAAGGACGAGAAACACGUCAAAGUCCGUGGCCCCAAACGAAAGUUCCAACCCAACUUGGCUGACUUGAAGAACGAGAGAGACUCACAGAUGAAAGUGCUCAAGGAACUGGCAAAGAAGCGACCGAAAUUGGAUGCUACGAGGGCGGCAAACAAGGUUAUUUACGCAGAGGAGCAAGUGUCAGCGAGGAUGAACAGAUCAGAAAAGAAGAGGAAAGGGGAAAAGAGCAGCAUGAAGAAACCUCGAGGCAAGAAACGCCCCUGGUAGUUGUUGUGUCAAUAAAGGUUUGGAAAAGCAGA